AUGGCCGUGAUCUCCGUCUCCUUCCUCGACUCUCUUCCUCUGUCAUCUCUUCUUCUGCUGCUGUUGUUCUGUGUUGUACUUUGGCUGCGGUCUUUCGCUGGUUCUUCUUCCUCCUAUGGCCCCAAGAUGCACCCUGUCAUCGGAUGCUUGGUCCCGUUCUACAGGAACAGGCACCGGCUCCUGGAUUGGUACACCGAGCUGCUCGCGUCCUCCCCGACGCAGACCAUCGUGAUCGGGCGCUUCGGGGCUCGCCGCACAGUGGUCACCGCCAACCCCAACAACGUGGAGCACGUGCUCAGGACCAACUUCCCCAACUACCCCAAGGGGGAGGCCUUCACCGACAUCCUCGGAGACUUGCUGGGCUGCGGCAUCUUCAACGCCGACGGCCAGCUCUGGCACACCCAGCGCAAGCUGGCCAGCCACGAGUUCACCACCAAGUCGCUCCGGGAAUUUGUGGUCGAGACUCUUGAGUCGGAGGCUGAGGAAAGGCUGCUUCCGAUCCUAGCGUCGGCGUGCGCCGACCGCCGAGCCGUGGACGUCCAAGACUUGCUCCGCAGGUUCGCCUUCGACACCAUAUGCAAGGUCUCGCUCGGGACGAACCCCUGCUACCUCGACGCGUCGUUGCCCGAGUCGGAGCUAGCGAACGCUUUCGAGGUCGCCUCGGGAAUCAGCGCGAGGCGCGGGGCAGCGCCGAUGGCCGCGGUUUGGAAGCUAAAGCGGGCGUUCGACGUAGGGUCGGAACGGAGGCUCCGGGGCGCGGUGAAGCUAAUCCAUGAAUCGAUAAUGGAACUGAUCCGGACGAGGAAGACGGAGAUGGAGAAAGGCACGGAGCACAACGAUCUCCUGACGAGGCUCAUAUCCGGCGGCCAUAGCGAGGAGGUGAUCCGCGACAUGGUAAUCAGCUUCGUGAUGGCCGGGAGGGACACGACGUCCGCCGCACUGACAUGGUUCUUCUGGCUCAUAUCCCGCCGUCCGGACGUCGAAGCGGAGAUCGUCGACGAAGUGAAGCGAUUCAAGGGACGACUGAGCUACCAAGAGCUGAAGGACAUGAAGGUGCUCGAAGCAUGCCUCUGCGAGAGCAUGAGGAUGUAUCCGCCGGUGGCGUGGGACUCGAAGCACGCGGCCGGCAGCGACGAGCUCCCGGACGGGACAAGGAUCAAGAAAGGCGACCGGGUGACCUACUUCCCGUACGGGAUGGGGAGGAUGGAGAGGCUGUGGGGAAAUAACUGCAGGGAGUUCGAUCACAGGCGGUGGUUGUCGGAGCACGGGGAGGUGGUGAGGGCGUCGCCCUACAAGUUCCCGGUGUUCCAAGCGGGUCCGAGGGUGUGCUUGGGGAAGGAGAUGGCCUUCGCUCAGAUGAAGUAUAUUGCGGCCGCGGUACUCGGCCGCUUUGAGUUGAGGAGGGAUCACAGGCACAGUCGGCCGCCGGUGUUUGUGCCGCUGCUGACCGCUCACAUGGCGGGCGGGCUGCAAAUGGUGGUGGAGAAGAGGAAGGGUGAAGGUGCGCAAAGCUCUGAGUCAUACUAGUUGUAGUACAUGAUGAUAUGUGGAGGAAACGGUGUCUUUUAGCUGCUGCAGUCUAUGAAGGAUUAGCUAAUUUCCUCU